UCCAGUCCCAGUCAAACCGAGACUUUCAUUGCGAUGAGUUUACAUAAUCCGACGGUGUGCGGUUGCGGUUGGUUUGUAAUUUUUUCAGCAAAAAAUAGAGAUAUUUUCCAAGCAACAACACAACUGCGGCGCAAGUGAAGAAGGCAACAACCAUAAGUGAGUACGCAUAAGUGCGGAAAACGGAAGUCCAACACAAGCCACUGCGGAAUAAGCGCGGUAAAGUGCAGGAAGCGAUCGUAAGAGCCUGGUUAUCGUCGGAGCCCCAAAUCGUUUGUGAAGUGAAGUGCGAGAAGAGGCAAGUUGAAAGAAAAAAAAGUGGAAAAGCUGCCUAAGCGGAAAAGUAGCUGGAAAAAGGGGGAGUCCCACGUGAGCCUGUGGUGGUUCUUUUGUGUUUCCGCUUUUUGUGAUGUUUAGGGGUUUUGUGCUGCGUUUGUAUUGGUUGUGAUUCAAAACGGGAUACGUCACUUCGGAAGAAUAAAAAGGAAGCACAAAAAGCGUAAUUUUUCAGUGAUCAGCUGGUUGAAGCACCGUCUUCCACUAAGUCCAAUUGGCUCCUCUGCUGUAGUGUGUGUCGGUUGUGGAAGUUUGUGGCAUUCGAUUAUUCCGAGCUGGAGCAGUUCUGAGGAGGCGUACGCAGCAACUGUGGAUGGUGUAAGCAGUCGUCAGUACGGCACUGCAAACUAUGAGAAGCGAUUGAAUUAAUCGAUAGAUGUGGGGGUGACAUCGAGAUGGGCCAGGGGCUCGAACCGCUAACUGCAGAUCUUUGUCUGUCCUCCCGGUCGCAGCCCCCCCAGCUUCCGUCUCGUACUAAAUUCUUCGAGCAAUCGAAGAACGUGUUCAAAGUAGCAGCAAAAAGUAUUACCACAGCAGCAGCACCACAGCAACAAAAGCAACAACUAUCACUACUACUAUUAUCACUACGAAGCAAAUCGGGCAGACGAAAGAGCCUCAACACGACAAAACUAACAGGCACAAAAAACUGGUCCAGCCAAGAGCCUUGCCAGCUGACCACGGCCUGCAACAUACGGCCUCAAGCACAAGAUACUCGUUUCACUCUUCUUUCAAUGCUACCAGCAUUUUCUUCUAACGCACACAUGAUGGAGUUCGGCUAGGUCCUUCGAAAUACGAAUGCUGAAGCCUGCACAUCAUUUGGUGCCUCCACAAGGAGAGCACUAAAAUCAUAAGAUCAAAAUCGUAACAAUAACUGCUGCAACUGACAAACUAAGCGACUGGCUGCAACCAACAUAAAGCAACUUCGAGUGCUUCACUACUCGAGAACAACACACAAAGUCCGAUACUACCGACAAAUCAGCCUCAAGGUGUUGCAGUUGGUGGCCAUGGAGCCUCCUGGUGGACUUCCACCGGAUAAAGAUGGACAUAAGCUUCUCCAACAGCAGCACAGUCUCACACAGAAUCAGAAAAAUCCUCAGUCACCUCCACCGAAUACAGCAACAGCGACAUCUUUGCCACAACAAUAUGCACUGCAACUACAAACUCAACAACAACAGCUUCAACUGGUACCCCAGCAACUGCAGUUAACUUCAUCAUUUUCCGUGAACAAUCAACAACAACCAAAUGUUUCACUUUCGACCAGUUCGUUAUCCGGAUCAUUAGCCAAUAAUCAAAGCGCCGGAGGAAGUUCCAGUGGGACCCCCGCAACAAACGUCCAAACAGGAAUAGAGCGCCUUUCUCGGCCUAUGGCAUUUGAUAAGAUGGAAGGACUGGUUCGUGAAAUGCAAGAUCCUGAAUCCGGAGUUCCUGUGCGUAGUCAAAAACUUUUCCUCACUUCGAUUCCAUCUGCUUUCAUGGGUUACGAUCUCAUCGAAUGGUUGAUGGAACGGUUGGUUAUCGAAGAAUCGGAAGCGCUGAACAUAAGCAAUCAACUUUGUAUGCAUGGCUAUUUCUUUCCCGUGUCGGAUUCCAAAACACUAGUAGUUAAAGAUGAUUCCUCGUUGUAUCGCUUUCAAACGCCGUACUAUUGGCCGUGGCAGCAAAAAGCACCGGAUAACAUCGAAUAUGCAAUCUAUUUGACGAAGCGAUCCCUAAGAAAUAAGCAACGGCAUGGACUGGAGGAUUACGAAGCCGAAGCAAUGGCCAGUUUGCACAAGAAUCUCAAAGGCAAGUGGGAUUUCAUCACAAUGCAAGCAGAAGAGCAGGUGCGAUUGGCUAAAGAGCGGAAGAAGGGCGAUAAAAUUGUUGGAGACUCUCAGGAACGAGCGUAUUGGAGAGUUCAUCGUCCGCCUCCAGGUCAGUUUACUCCUAUGGAACCGUGUCCAAUUCCAUCUCGUGAUCGUCAAGGAAAACCACGAAAACGAACGGUUGAAGACUGGCAGCGUGAAGUGGAGAUUUUGAAGGCCUCUCUUGGACGGAACCGUGUCAAGAUGUCCCAAGCGUGCGAAAGCUUAGUGACGUAUUUCGAAACAUUCAGCGAGUACGAUCCAAUGAUGCAGCCUCCGCUACCUUCUAAUCCUUGGGUCACCGAAGAUGUGAGCUUUUGGCAGAUGAACAAUCCGUUGGUUGACGUGCCAACUGAGAAGCGAGUUAAGCGUUGGGGUAUUUCAAUUGAAGAGGUUGUGUCUGAUCCAACAGGACUACAAGAGUUUACCGCAUAUCUGAAAAAGGAAUACUCGCAUGAGAAUAUCCGCUUUUGGAUGGCGGUGAAUGACUUGCGGAGGUCGUCUCACUCGCAGAUAUCAAGAAAAGUUAGGGAUAUUUACGAGGAAUUUCUGGAACCUGGUGCCCCUUGCGAAAUCAACAUCGAUGGCAAAACAAUGGAAAAGGUCCAUCAGGGUUUGAAAAAUCCAUCUAGAUUUGCUUUUGACUCUGCUGCCGAGCAUAUCUAUAUGCUGUUGCUGAAAAAGGAUUGCUAUCCGCGUUUUGUUCGCUCUGAACACUACAAAACAUUAAUGGCGAACGCAAUUCAACCAUCGCACAAAAAGCGUUUCUUCGGAUUCGGAGGUGGAGCAAAGAAGAAAGGCUCAACAGCAACUGCUCCAAAUCCUUCGCUUUUGUCUCAGCCCACCUCUCAAGCAACUGGAGCUGUCAAUAGCCUUUCUAGAAGACGGGGAAGUGACCGAAGUUUGUCUGGGUCUGCUCAUGAGUUAGCUGUCUGUGGAGUUAAGGAUAAUACUAAAGUGCCACAUUCUCAUAGCCAAAGCAAUUUGAGCGAUAUUCCUUACAGUGUCUCGAUCUACAGAGGUGAUAUGCCUUCCGGUGGCUUUGUCGGACAUAUGGGAACAGUUGAACGUAACGACGAACAGAGAAUCGGACAGCAGGAAGUACACUCCAAACCGCUUAGUACGACCCUGGAGUCAGCCGUGGAAUCAUCUAGCGGCGCAUGUUCGGUUUGCCCGUGGGACUCCCCACCGACCUCCAAAGCUUUGGUCCCUGUCGAAAAGAAAUCCGCGGCUGCCGAGAAGGAAGCUCAAUCGUCUGUUUCUGUAUCCGUUUGUCCUUGGGAUGAUGGCGAUGCAAAACUACCUUCAGACAGUUCUAGCAAAACAAAAGCUCUGAAUGCCAUCCGUUCAUCCACCGAUAUCAGCGAAGUUUCGGAACGCAUGAAGCGAUCUUGUGGGCUUCGGCAGAAUACCUUGGACAGCGACUUUCACAGUACAAAACGGCUGGUACCGGUUGUGACGGAACAAAGACGAGCUUCCAUGACAAUUGCACCGAGGUUGUCCGAUUUACAAUUUUCCAUACGUGCGAACUCAGCUGGAAGUGAAACCGUUGGAAGCAGUGCAUCACUACAACAGCAGCAUUCUGUGGACUACUCUCGGAAUAUAUCGCAAGGAUCGCUGUCAACUAGCUUCGAGGAACGGGAAGAUGCGACGGGAACUCCGAACGUAUCGGAGGAAAAUUUAGUCAAGAUAAAGAAAGAUAGUGUGUCGGAGUUAGAGCAAGAUCAAUCAAGCAUUGCUGCAAACAGUGUUGUUCAGAAUAAACCUACUGCUCAAGUGAACAAAAACAAUGAACGUACUUGUGUGUGUGCCACAAUACAAACAGACAUUACUGCAGUGGGAUAUAGUGUGAAGCAAGAAGAAACAAAACAUAUUACAGAAGAAAAUGUCGCUGAAUCUACCAAGGCAAUGCCCACCGCCGCUGGAGCUCAAAAAAGUGAAGUAAUGGGAGGGGAAAAAUUGCCACCCACAAUCAGUGUAUGCUUUGCGAACAACUCCUCGGAGGAGGAGUACCGUCGAAAACGAUCAUUAGAACCCAGCGGCGAGAAAUCGUUCGACGACGAGCAGGAGGUACGCCAGGAAGUGGAGGAGGUAUACUUUACCAGCGAGGAAAAUGAUGAAGAAGGUAUCGGACCCGGGUUGUACCACCGAAUGCCAGAACCGCCCCAGGAUAUGUCUCCUCUGGCGGAAGAUGACAAUUUCUCCGAAUCUCUCUCCCAACCAAAUCAGUCCUCGCUGGAGCAGGUCGAGUACGACAUCUUGAUGGAGGGAGACAAUCUGGCACCGGGAUGUGUGGCCCCAGCUCCUACGCCUGCACCGUCUAUCGCACCGCUGGCCGAAGUUGAGAUGGAUCCCGGUGAUGACGAACCGGAAACGGAGACCGAUCACACCGAAACGGUGACAGUGCACGUGACCACCCGGGAGAAACAGGAACAGGAACCGGAAGCGUCCGCCGGGGCAACCGUAGUGAUCAUCGAGGAUCAGGUGAAGCGCAGGAAACGUCGAGAACGAAAGGAUAAGGAUGGCGUUCAACAGCAGAAAAGUGAGGAAGACAGUAGCGAAAAGAAGGGGAACGCCGUGUGCCCCUGGGAUGACGAAGAUGAUUCUGCUACGGAUGAUGCUCCAUAUGUGAAAACGUACUCCACUCUAGGUUAUCUGUGAGGAUUUUAAACAUGAACUACAAAAAUCAUUCGAAGCGUGGAUCCGGAAAACAGUAAAGUUAUGCUGAAGGUGGAGUUAUUUUUUGAAGAAAAUGUAUUGAGUGUGUUCUUUGAAGUACUCGUUUAUGAUACCGUUAAGAAUGAUGUAUCGUCGAAAAAAUGUGAUCUUUUGAAGUGUUGGUCAAUCGGAAAAUGAUCAUCAAUUACCAAUAUGUUGUUGCAUUACAUCAAGGAGAAUGUUUAAAGUUCAUGGUUGGAGAAGUUUGAGUCAAAUUUCCAUUAGGGUUACGAUCCAAGCCCUAUAACUAAUCCUUUUGUGAAAUUUCUCAUGUAAACCUAACAAUGACAGUUCUAAUGAGAGCAAUCCAUGCAUGAUGACUGCAAUCGGAAACGACAAGAAAGAUUUCAAACUCCCAGCUAAAGAUCUCCAAAGGGAUUCGAAUCGGUCCAAGAUUUCUUUUUGGUGCAUCUGAGAGCCCCAAAACUUUUAAUACAACAGAUAAACAACUGCAAUGCAUCAACCUACUAAUGGACAUCCUCGUCUGAGACUUCAUUCUUUCUGGUCAUUUUCGGAAAUUCCCCUUGAAAUAUUGUUGGUGUGACUUUUUGCGUUGGUUUUCUUUGCAAUCCUUCUGUUAUGAAAUUGUACUUGUUCGAUAUCUCAAAAUGUGUUUCAUCACCAUAACAUCAAAUCGGUGAUCGCGAGGAAUCCUUUGUCACAUUUUAAAUCACGUUGAAUAAUAAUAUUUGAAAUAAGCAUUAUUAACAAAGAAAGCAUUAUUAAAAGCAUCAUGGAUCUUAAUAUAUAGCCAUAGCAAUAGUGUCUAUUUACAGUGCAAUCUUAAAUGUUAGCAAUAAGUUAGAAAAAGAAAGUUUUGAGACAAAAGAAUUGUUUUCUAUAGUGCAUCGACAACUUGGGGAAUAAUAAAGUAAAGAACAAUAUGUCUCAUAAACUACUGUUAAGAAAUAUUGAUGAAAUCACAAUUGAUCCAUGCAACACAUGAGCUGGUCAGGAAAUUAGAACAACGGUUCCUGUUAUUAGAAGAAAAAAAAUACUGUAUCCAAUAAACGUACCUCUCACGUUAGAAAGCAUUUUCGGAGGAACCAUGUAAGCUUAAAACAAUAAUACCCAUUUUAUUGAUAUAACACAGAAUAUCUGCUUAGUUGUUAUACUAAAACUAAGGGAUAAGAAUAUUUAGACAUCAUAGUAUCGUAACGCAUUGGAAGUAAUAUUUUGUGAAUGAUUAACAUACCUGUAGGGAAUCACAAAAUCUCAAGGAAAUCUGAUAGGCUUUUACACCAUAGCAGACAAACAUCCCUGCAGUUUUUGCUUACAAUCGAAGAAAACCAA